AUGUUCGGAGGACGUCGUUUGCAAUUUAAGGCCUCUUCGUUCUCCGCGAGUGUUCUAAGAGUAUCUUUGAAGUAUGCCACACUUAUGGGAAUCAUUUGUUUCAGCGUGAAGAGCGAGGGAAGCGAUGGUCGUCUGGUGGCCAAGAAUAGGGAGUGGUACAAAUGGUUCUGCUUGAUUUCAAGGACUCUAAUGUGUGGCCUAUGUAUUAAAAUACAUAAAAACUUUCUGCUGUCACUCAAUGCUUCUCAUUUUACGAUAAUUCUUAUCAUUCGAAUAUGCAUAUUUAUUGUCGGUGCCAUCUUUACUCUGGUGAUACAGUUCCGGUAUGGACAACGAGUGGUUAAUUUGGUCAAUCGAUUGCUAAUGCUUUUCCAGAGGAUAUAUGCCCUUCCAGGAAAUCGGUAUAAGGGGUAUGGCGGCAAGUGGGUACUGACUCUGCUGCUCCUAAAAGUGAUCAGUCUGAUGUAUGAAAGUUGCUACUUGAUUCCAGAGCUAAUUCUAGAUUUCAACACAUCUUUCGCUCUGGUUGUGUUUUCCGAUGUGUAUAAUAAUGUCAAUGCUUUUAUUAUUUGGCAUGUUUAUUUUGUGACAUUCCUCAGCAUAGGCAUCAUCUACGACCAGGUCAACAGCUAUGUGCGACAUGAGCUUCGCCAGCAGCUCAGCGAAUUAAAUUCGAGCAACGGACUGCCAGUUAGUCGGAGAAAGCUAAAUGCCGCUGGCCACUGCCUGGACGAGUGCCUGGCUAUCUACGAAGAGGUUUACCAAGUGGGAAAUAAUUUUCACAGACUAUUCGAGUUUCCGCUUUGCGUUAUUCUAAUGUUUGGAUUCUUGAUUGUUGCAUCAGCUGUGUUCAUAUUAUUGAAACAAUGUGGUGACAAUGGUUUAUGGCUUACGCCUUUAAAAACAUUGUUGGAUAUAUUACUGCUGACCGUGUCAGUCCACAUCGCAAGCUGCAACUCUCGAGUUGUGCGGCGGCUCAGCUUGGAGAACUACUUUGUCGGCGAGAGCAAAGAUUGGCAUAUGAAGCUGGAAAUGUUCUUGAGCCGUUUGAAUUAUAAUGAAUUCCGGGUACGUCUAUUGGGUCUAUUUGAGGUAUCCAACGAGCUGAUAUUGGUCUUUAUGUCCGCCCUGGUCACUUAUAUCACCUAUAUAAUGCAAUAUGAAAUGCAAUCAAACCCAAAUUGA